AUAUAAACCAUCUCGUUUAACUAUUUCGAUUCCAUUUGGCAAUAAUUAAUCAGUAAACUUAAUAUAACUAGUAUUUAUUUAAAUGAGAGUGCACUGGUAUGCAUGAAGUGAAAGAAUGUAUGAUAGAAUCCAAUCAGAGAUAUACAGUAUAAUGUAAGGCGAAUAACGAGAAGAAGGGGAAUACACUAGUCGAAGAACUAACCAAUGGAAAAUUUUUGUCAAAUUUUACUUCGCUGUCAUCAAGAAAAGUUACAUCCACAACUGACAUGUAGAUAACAAUAUCAUUUUAACAAUGAUAGAAGAUAAGAAUUAUUAGCCGAAACAUGCAUUCAGUGGGAUUAAAAGUUGUUAAACGGCCUCUAAUCGUGAUAAGAGUUUCUAGACGAUAAGCAAUUGAAGUAUGUUCAAUCAUUUUACCAUUUAGCUUGGUCUUUUAGUGAGUGUUUAAGUCAACUUUUAAAAAUUUUGUAUUAUAUACUGUUAAUCAAUGAACUAAAAAGUUUGUUUCAAUUACUUUAAAUACAUUUAAUUAAAGUGAAAUGGUGAACAGCUGACAAUGACUCACACAGGAGUUGACUGUCAUUGAAUUUAAAAAUUAUCUUCUAUCAGUACACUUGAGUUCAGUUCAAUGCCACUUUAAAGUAGAAACUAUGAAGCUGUUUUAACAUGAUAAUUGAUGAAACUGAAGCCAAGGACGAUUCAUUCAUAUCAUUAAACAGAUUUUUAAAUAAUUUAUUUCAAAAAAAAAAAAAAACAAAAUCAUGAUGAUCAAAAAUGAAUACAGACGAAGUCGAAAAUUAUCUCGAUAUCAUAAUGCGCUUAAAAAUCUUAUUCCAUUUCGUUUGGUAAAAACGUCAGAUGAAGAAAUGCCUAUUGAUAAAGCCGGGUUUUUUUCAACCAUUUCUAAUUCGUGGAUAUCUAAAUAUUUAUGGAUUUCAUAUCGUAAAGGUAUUACUUUAGCUGAUUUACCAAAACCUUCUCCUUUUGAUACUGCCAAUCAUAAUGCUAAAAGAUUAGAAUCGUUGUGGAAUGAUGAAGUAAUUCAACAUAGUUUAACCGGAGCUUCAUUUUCCAGAGCAGCAUGGAAAUUUAUUAGAACAAGAAUAUUUGUGGCUGCUCUCAUGUUCAGUUGUUCAAUAACUUUAGGAUUUUUUGGACCUGCUUUAGUAAUGAGGAGGAUAUUAGAGAAUGUAGAAUCUUCAGAGAAAUCGAUAUCAACUGGAUUAAUGUGGGUAUUUUUUUUGAUGAUUGCGGAUAUUUUGAAAAUUUCAUUCUUUAAUUGGGGUUGGAACACUUGCUAUAGAACUGGUUUAAGAAUGAAGUCAGCUUUUAUUACUAUUAUGUACAAAAAGCUCAUAAAAACAAAUAAUAUAAAUAAUAGGAAUUCAGGCAAACUGAUUAAUAUGAUGGCUAAUGAUGGACAAAGUGUCUAUGAUCUUUGUAUAUAUAUACCAAUGAUGGGUGCUGGAUUAAUUGUGACAAUAUUAAUUUUUAUCUAUAUUGUCCUUGUAUUAAGUCCUAUGGCAUUGGUGGGAUUUUCAUUUUUCUUUUUAUUUUAUCCUCUUCAGUAUUUAAUAUCUCGACUCAAUGGUUACUUUAAGAAAAAAAGCAUUCAAUUAUCUGACAAAAGAGUCUCUAUUAUAAAUGAGAUGUUGAUGUGUAUCAAGUUAAUUAAAAUGUACGCAUGGGAGGAUCCUUUUAGCAUGAAUCUUUUGGAACUUCGUCAAAAAGAAAGAAUUUGGCUAGAAAAAAUGUGCAUUACGAGGAGUUAUGGUUCUUCUUUAACAAGUACACUUCCGAUAAUUGCCGGAAUAAUUACGUUUUCUGUCCACGUAGCCGGAGGUCAUAGUUUAAAUGCGGCUCAGGCUUUUCCGAUCAUAACAAUUUUUAUAAAUCAAAUGAAGAAUUGUCUUUCAGCCUACAGAGAAGGACCAAGACAAAUCAUUGAAACUAAUAUUUCAUUUGAACGAAUGAAGAGUGUCUUGAGUAUGGAAGAAAGUAACUGCGUUAUUCAAAAGCCAAUCGUGAAGUCUCAAGCGUUGUCGAUUAUGAAUGGAUCAUUUGUUUGUGACUUCGAUUCAUCAGAUUUGAAAAUAGACAUUGACUAUAAAAGAUUGAAAUCCAAAGAUGAAAAUCAAGACUUGGAAAAAAAUGAAAUAGAAUCACUUAUACCAAAACGUAUUGAGAUUUUAAGUGAUAUUAAUUUAGAGAUAUCAAAGUCUAAGUUAAUUGGAAUUUGUGGUCAUGUUGGAUGUGGAAAAACUAGUCUUUUAAAAGCUGCCUUAGGUCAAUUACGCAUAUCAACCGGUAAAGUCUUUAGAGACGGUACCUGUGCUUAUGUUAGUCAACAAGCAUGGAUUUUAAAUGCUACUUUUAGAGAAAAUAUUUUAUUUGGUAAUAAAUUCGAUGCUCAACGUUACUAUGCAGCAAUUGUUUUAUGCUGUUUACAAGAUGAUUUAGAUUCACUGCCUGCUGCUGAUGAGACUGAAAUUGGGGAACGUGGAGUUAAUUUAUCUGGUGGACAGAAGCAAAGAGUAGCACUCGCUAGAGCUUAUUAUGCUAAUCAAGAUAUUUAUUUUCUCGAUGAUCCAUUUAGUGCAGUUGAUGUCAAUGUCGGAUGGUAUAUUUUUGAAAAUCUAAUUCAAGAUGCAUUAAAAGACAAAACUAUUAUACUUGUUACCCAUCAAAUAUCGUAUCUCAGUCGUUGUGAUCAAAUUUAUAUGAUGAGUAAUGGUCGUAUUGUAGAGCAAGGUGAUCAUAUAUCAUUGAUUCAAGCUGGUAAAGAAUAUGCUUCAAUGGUCAAAAAUAUUACCGCCAAUUAUAAUUUAAAUAAUCAUGAAAAGAUGUUCAAUAGAAUGUCCAAUGAUUAUUCAGAUGAUGAUGAUGAUAGUAAUAAUGAAUUGAUUGUCAACGAAAAUUAUCAAACAGAUACUAAUGAAGAACUUAAUGAGAAUAAAAAUAUUGCUGAUGGAAAACUUAUUGCACCAGAAAGAAUGGAAGAAGGAACGAUAAAAUUACAUACGUACCUUCUUUACAUUAGUUCAAUGGGUGGUUUUUUUAUUGGUGCCAUCGUAUUAGCUAAUGUUUUGUUGAAUACUAGCUGUGUAUUGUUUAGUAAUUGGUGGUUAGCCUAUUGGAUCAAAGCUGGAAGUGGGGGCGCUACUAUUUUAGUUGGAAAUGAAACCAUUAUCUCAAAUAAUAUUUUAGACAACCCUGAUCUAGGGUAUUAUCAAAGUAUCUAUGCAGCAUGUAUAUUUGCUAUCAUAGGAUCGAGUAUUCUUCGAGGAUUUACAUUAACUCACGUUGCAUUAAAUGCAUCAUCUACAUUACAUAAUAAAUUAUUUAAAAUAAUCCUCAAUACAACAAUGCAAUUUUUUGAAAUUACUCCAAAAGGACGAAUACAAAAUAUUUUUAGUCGGGACAUGAGCGAUCUUGAUGGUUCACUACCUCUUGCUUUAGAAAUUGUAUUGCAUAACAUGUUCCAUGGAAUAAUGAAUGUUUUAAUCAUCUGUAUUUUAUUUCCUUACCUUAUCAUUCCCUUUAUUUUCUUAAGUAUUUUGUUUUACUUUCUUAGUAAAAUAUUCAGGAAAACUUUAAGAGAUUUACAACGUCAUGAAAGCACAACUAGAUCUCCUAUUUUUAGUUUUGCAACGACAACACUACAAGGACUAGAUACUAUCCAUGCAUUUAAAAAAGAAAAAGAUUUUGUUGGACGAUUUUAUGGAUUUAUUGAUGUAAAUGGAACAUGUGAUUUUAUGUCCAAUGUAUUGAUACGAUGGGCUGCUGUAAGAUUUGAUGUUCUUACAAUCAUUGCUUAUGUAUGUACUGGGCUAGUAAUAAUUUUUUUAAAAGAUGAUGUCUCACCAGCGAUGGCAGGGCUAGCAUUAUCUUUUUGUGGUCAAAUGACUGGUUUUUUACAAUACACAAUUCGAGUAUUAUCUCAAACAGAAUUAAAAUUCAUUGGUGUUGAGAAAAUAGGCUUUUAUUUAAGAAUUCUAAAAAACGAGGAUGAUUAUACAAAACCAUCAUCAAUUGUACCAAAUAACAAUUGGCCUAAUAAUGGCAUAAUAGAAUUUAAAAAUGUUUCAUUGAAAUAUCAGCCAACUACUCCGACCAUUUUAAAUGAUAUUUCAUUCCGAGUAAAUUCGGGAGAAAAAUUAGGAAUUGUUGGAAGAACAGGUUCAGGAAAAAGUUCUUUAAUAAUUGCAUUAUUUAGACUAGUAGAAAUUUCAACAGGAUCUAUAUUAGUUGAUGAUAUUGAUAUUUCAAAUAUUCAUCUUCAAAAAUUAAGAGACAAAUUAUGUAUCAUACCUCAAGAUCCUAUGAUUUUUAGUGGAACAAUAAGAUAUAAUUUGGAUCCAUGGAAAAUCAAAACAGAUGAAGAACUUUGGAUUGCUCUUGAAAAGACUAAAUUAAAGAAUAAAGUUAUUUCUAUGCCCGGUCAGUUAGACGCGAUUGUAGAUUCUAGUGGAUCUAAUUUGAGUAUUGGUGAAUGCCAAUUAUUUUGUUUAGCUCGAGCUCUUUUACGGAAAAAUAAAAUUUUAAUUUUAGAUGAAGCUACUGCUUCUGUAGAUCCUCAAACAGAAACUCUUGUACAAACAACAAUUCAAGAAACAUUCUCUGACUGUACAGUGUUGAUUAUUGCUCAUCGAUUACAGAAUGUUUUAUCGUGUGAUCGUAUACUUGUUCUGAAAGCUGGAAAAAUUGCAGAAAUCAAUACACCAGCUCAACUGCUCGAAAAUAAAAAUUCUGAAUUUUCAAAGAUGAUAAUUGCUUCUGAAAACAAUCCCAAUGCUUAUUAAUUGUUAAAAUGUGAUUCAAUACAAUAAAAAUCAAUUUGGUGAAAA